AUGUCCGCAAGUGUCCCCAACGAUGAAUUCGUUUCCCUAGUUGCCAAAGGCGGCAAAUUGAACGAAUCCGAAAUCGAGGCUGUUUACAACAAGCUUCCUGCUCUUCCCAUCUCCUUCCUCCGCGAUGAAUGGAAGGGUGGAAGCUUCGACACAGGUCACCCUGGUCACAACCAACUCUUGACAAUGAACUGGGCAGGAAAGACCUUCCACUCCACGGAAAGCGUCGACCCAAUUGUUAUUCUGGAAGAUGGAAAGCGUGUGUGCAACGAGGAAUGGGGCCAUGCCGUCCUUCGUGAAGUUCGUUUCCGUGAUCUUGUGUCAACUGCUAUGAUCUACGACAAGCACCCUAUCAUUGACCAUUUCCGCUAUGUCAAUGACAAGCUCAUUGCUGGUGCUAUGGACACUAGUGCCUUUGGGGAAGCUGGUACCUACUACUUUUACCUCUACAGAUAG